AUGGCCAAAGCAUCCUCCUCGAAAUCACACACCCAGAGGGCACCAUCGAUAGAAGACGACUAUCUCCAAUCAGACUCUGAAGAAGACGAGUUUGCCCAAGGCUACGCUCCCGGUAUCGCUGAGCAGUACGACGACGACGAGGAGGACGAUGAUGAAGAUGACAUUGAAGACGAUAGUGAAGAAGAAGAGGGGGGUGCGAGGUGGGAGCCUGAUCAGUGGAACGAGGAUCAGGAUACUGCUUCAGAGAGCGAUGGUGGAAGUGAAGAAGAGAGCGAUGAUGAUAGUGCAGAGCUGGUGAACCUCAAAUCACUUCCCCUGGCGACUCUAGCCAAAGCUCAAAAAUCUCUGGGUCAGAAAGCAUCGUCUUCGUCUUCUACACAAUCGAAGGAAGAAAAGCUCGCCGCGGCCAAGGCCAAGCUAGCGCAACUUCAAAGGGGCAAGGGUAGAGGCGUAUCUGUUACAGACAGACCAGCUGGGCGUGUGAACAGAGAUGCGAGUGACAGUGAUGAUUCCGGACCGGAGAGCGCUGCUGCAGGCCGGAGUAACAAGCAUGCUCCCGCGGCUAUGAGCACCAAACGUCAGGUUACUCGUAAGCGUCAAGUCAUUGACGUUCCAAAACCUGAACGCCGCGAUCCCCGAUUCUCCUCCCUCUCUGCCGGGCACGCCAACGCCGACCUGCAUCACAAGUCCUACUCUUUCCUUCCAUCUCUUCUUAAAGAAGAGCUGGUGUCUUUAAAGGCACAGGUUGCGGCGGCGAAGAAGGCGGAAAAGCAGUGUUCGCUGAGAGACAAGCCGCAAAGAGUAGAGGAGAGAGAACGAUUGGAGGAGGAGAUGGGGAGGGUGAGGACGAGGUUGGCAAGGGGAGAGAAGGAAGAGCUGGAGAGAGAGACUUUGGCAAAGGCUAAAAAGGAAGAAAGAGAGAAACGAGAGUCGGGUAAAGGAGCGUGGUAUAUGAAGAAGGGCGAGAAGAGAGACCUCCUCCUCAAGGCCCGAUUCGAGGACCUCGAGAAAUCGGGGGGCAAAACAGCAGUCAAGAAACUUGUCGAGAGGAAGCGCAAGAAGAUUGCAGGCAAGGAGAAGAAGAGCAGGCCUUUUGCACCGGGGGGUGGGAGUGUCGGAGAGGGUGGGAAGAGGCGUCGGGUUGCAUGA